ACGUAGAACUGACACGUUGCCAGGCAACGAAGCUACCACGGGACGAGAUGCUGCGCCGCGUACUGGGUCUACGCUGUCUCUCCGCAGCCACGGAAUGCUCAACCGAAAACUGCAAACUCUUCUACUCGACAAGGCUGUUUUGUGGCCACGCAAUGAAGUUACCACAGGACGAGUUGCAGCGUCGCCUGCCGGGGCUACGCUGGUCUUCCACAGACGCGGAAUGCACAAAGGAGAAGUGUAACCUCGUCUAUCCGACUAGCGGAAUGCGCACCUGGCGACUGUACGCGCUGUGCUUGGCUCUUCCGUUCGUAGCCGCACUGUCAUACAUCGUCGGCAGCAUAAAGGCCAAAGAACAUAAGUACCACGAGAGGUGCAGAAUACGACCUCCUAUGGCUCCAUACACUUACUUGCGCAUCCGCACUAAGCGGUUCCCCUGGGGAGACGGAAACAAGACUCUGUUCCACAACCCACGAGUGAAUCCUCUGCCGGAAGGAUACGAGGAUGAACUGGAGCCGGACGAAGACUGAGCCGCAUGACGGCGCAGCAUUUCGGGAACUCGUGGUAGUUGUUUGUUCGUACCUCAUUACCCAACCGUCUUGAGUGCCGAUUUGAAACAAAUUGGUGUCGUAUACUUGUAUUUUCAGCAGAACGAAUUAAAUUAUUGGCUUAUUUGCAUGUUCGAUAACUAAAUAAACUGUUUUACUGGCCUCAGUAAACAUAAGUAAUAUGUAAAAGGGGAACUGAUCUCUGAAACUGACAUUAAAUCCGAACUAUUUCUUACACAAA